AUGCCUCCGCCGCCUCCUCCUCCACCUCCUCCGCCGCCGCCUAUGCCUGGGAAGGCAGCUGGACCUCCCAAAGGCGGACCUCCCAGGACUGCCCUCCUUUCGGAUAUCUCAAAAGGCACCAAGCUUAAGAAAACCGUUACGAAUGACAGAUCUGCACCUCUUAUCGGGAAGGCGUCUGGAGGCUCGGGAGGCCCUCCAGUUGCUGGCGCCCCUCCGGUUCCUGGGAUGGCACCUAAGCCCCCUGGUGGACUGGCUCCUCUAGCCCCGGGAGGUGCUGGGAAUAGAAUAAGAAGCAACAGUGCUGGGAAUGAGCAGACUAGGGGAGACGACGGUAUUCCAUCGGCGCCACAGCUAGGCGGGUUAUUUGCCGGUGGGAUGCCUAAACUCAAGAAGCGCGGUGGUAUAGAUACUGGGGCAACUUCAAAUGCAUCAUAUCUAUCAGAUUCCGAAUCACAAAACAGCUCAAGGAUAUCACCACCUACGGGAUCUGCUCCCAAGCCUCCAAUCCCAUCCAAUAAAGCACCUAGCUUCCGACCACCCCUUCCGCCAUCUACGGAAGCUCCAUCGACACCUCCUGUGAACCCACUAGUAGCAAAUCUCAGAAAGCCACCACCCCGGCCAGCCUCCAGGCCGUCUUCUUCAAUUUCUCUACAGUCAGGAAAGUCCACACCAGAAGUACCCCCGCCGCGCGCACCACCCCCCGUUCCAGGCGUUGGAAGGCUCCCACCACCACCACCUGGUCUUCCAGCCUUGAGAAUGGUCUCCGCGCCUGCUGCACCUCCUCCGCCGCCGCCAUCUACAUCACCCGCUCCUCCGCCGCCUCUAGCUCCUCCACCUCCACCGUCUACAGCACCCAGGCCCCCUCCAGUAGCUCCAGCACCUGCUAUCGCAAAUGGAAUCCAAGCAUCGUCGAUAGCUAUGCAGGCUGCGCGCAAUGCUUACGGAUCCCCACAAGCACCACCCCCUCCACCACCGACUGCUCCCCCAUCCCAGCCGCCUCCUCCGCCAACUUCGCCUCCUUCAUCAGCACGAACUUCCUCCCUUGUAUCAACUCCACUUUCUUCUCGCCCUUCCUCGUUUUCAGAUAACCAACACAAUGCACCACAUCACCAACCUCCUGUACGAUCCAUGCUUGACCCCAGCUCUUAUACCCUCACAAAUGGCGGCUCGCAGCGUCCUGGGGCCCAAAAGGGUUCCUCAUCCAACGGCAGAAUAAGAAUCGAGGACCCUCGGUUCAAAUUCCAGAAUGAAUCGCAGUUCCCAAAACCUAGAGAGUUUAUGGGUGGCCAGAAGAUGUACAGGGCCGGAAGGGGUAGCAGUGUGCCUUUAGAUUUAACGUCUCUCUCAUGA